AUGCUGGGCCAGUGGCUCAGUCAACGGGCCGCCACGCUCGAUCUCCCUGUGGAUCCCCCCCCUGCCUACUACCGCUUCGAAGCCUCUCCAGGACGGGCACCCAGUACAAGAGCCCCAUGCUUCGGUCCCGCUCCCCCCUCCGACGACGAGGACAUGGAUAUGUCCAGCUCCCGGAAACGCGCCCGCGAGACGGAGAGCGAGGACGAGGAGCCAACCGGGCGACGUAAGCAGCCGUCGAGCUCUCCCCCCAGCCCGGAGCAGCACACGGCAGACAGCUGCCACGUGCAGCAACCGGACCACGGCAGCGCCAUUUCCCCACAAUCGGGCGAAACAGCCGCCACCUCCUCUCCACCUGCCGCCCAAGACGGAGGCCCUCCAGGAAGGGCGAGCACCACCUCUCGACAUCCCGCCGAGUCUACAGCCGCCGCCUCCGCGGCCCCUCAGAGCAAGGGCGCGCCCGGAACCAUCCUCAACGCGCCGUCUGCUCCUGAUGGCGGCGCGUCCACUGCAGCGCCUGCUAGCGAACCAGCUACAAACGAAAGCGCUGCCGACGAGAUGGAGCUGACGGACGCAACACCCACUGUUUCGUCACAUCAGGGCCCUGAUCACCCCGCGGCGCGGUUCCUGAAGGACCCACCAUGCCAGCCUGCUUCGCGGCCGAAGCCAAAGGGGCAGAAGAAGAAGCAGAAGAAGAGGAAGGAGCAGUUGCUACAGAGAGUGACACCAUCCGCCCGCGAGUCCACCACGUACGACUUCACGCUGGUGCAAUCAAAGAGGGACCGGCGCCGUGCACGAGCCCUGGAGACUGCUGCACUCCCGGUUGACCCCGCGGUCGUCGUGACUGGCCGACUGCCAGCCGAGCGCGGCAAGAGCACCGGCUUUCUGCACGGGGUGGUCGGGUUACCCGCGGACACAGACCUGCUGGGAGCCAUCGAGUCGAGCGUUCCCGUGCUGUCGGCAACGAGGGAGGAGAGCACCAUCACCAUCCGAUUCGCGGGACCGGUCCCCCCUGAACACGUGCGCCUUUUCAAGCUCGGGUUCAGGAUGGCCGACCGACUGCAUCUCCUGCGGCAAAAGCCACGCGGAGGGCGCCUCCUGCGAGAAAGUCCACUGCAGGAACUGCGGGGGCCCCCAUAG